GCCAGACCGGAUGUACCUAGACUAUAAGAACACACUCUCUCUCUCUCUGUUCAGUCACUUGAGCUUCAGCUUCAGCGCUGCUCCUCCACACACUCAGGCGAGGCGUGUUAAAGAUUUUUGAGCAGCCAUGACUCCCAAAGUUGCACUGGUGACGGGCAGUAACAAGGGCAUCGGUCUGGCCAUCGUCCGUGCUCUGUGUAAGCAGUUUGAGGGCGAUGUCUACCUCACCGCCAGAGACAGGACUCGAGGAGAAGAGGCCGUGAAGACUCUGGGCUCUGAGGGACUGAAGCCCAAGUUUCUGCAGCUGGACGUCACUGAUGUGAGCAGCAUCACCAAAGCAGCCGCCUUCUUCAAGGACACGUACGGAGGCUUGGACGUCCUGGUCAACAACGCCGGCAUUGUGUUCAAAGAGGGGGAUACGACUCCAUAUGCUGUCCAGGCCGAGGAGACUCUUCGGACAAACUUCUUUGCUGCCAGAGAUGUGCUAACCCACUUCAUGCCGCUCAUGAAACCAGGAGGCAGGGUGGUGAACAUAUCCAGUCUGUGGAGCUCUUCGUCCUUAAAGAAGAGCAGUGAGGAGCUGCAGAAACAAUUCCGCAAUGAGGACAUCACCGAGGAGGAGCUGGUGGGGCUGAUGACCAGGUAUGUGGAAAAGGCCAAAAUCGGCCAGCACAAGGAAGAUGGAUGGCACGAGUUCCCCUACGGAGUGUCCAAGAUCGGGCUCACGACCCUGUCCAUGAUCUGGGCUCGUCGGUUGACUAAGGAGAGGCCAAAGGACAAUAUCCUGGUGAACGCGUGCUGUCCGGGCUGGGUGCGCACGGACAUGACCAGCGACAAAGCUCCGAAGUCUCCAGACGAGGGCGCCGUCACCCCGGUGUACCUGGCCCUGCUGCCCCCUGGAGCCACGGAGCCCAACGGCAACCUGGUGUCAGACAAGAAGGUGCAGCCGUGGUGAGGGUCGGUCUGCGCCGCGGCCAGAGAAGCAAAUCAUACGGUUAAUUUAGUUUGAAGAGUUUACAAAGAUCAAUAAUUAAA